AGUCCUGGGCUUCAGGGACAUGUGGCUCUGGGGAGGGGGCUCUGUGAAGCACUAGCAGAGGAGAACCAUCUGGAGCAUCAGAGACUGCCAAGGAGCUAUUGUCCCUGGAGCAGGAGCUGGGGAAUAUAUAGGAGGGGAGUUUGGGCUUAAGCCUGGACCCCUUACCCUCUUCUGUCUCCCAGCACUAAGUGGUGAAGGGGCUUUGCCAACCUCCCCAAAAGACCCAGAGCCAGAGGCUUCCUUAGAGUCUCCCUGCCUACCUUUCUCUUCUGGUUUUACACUUGCCCCCUCUGAGGUACUGCCUUCAUUCUGGAGUUGGCUUGGGCAGAGUGGUCACUCACUGGUAAGGGGAGAGGAGGCUGGCCUAUAGUUGGCCAACUUCACUGAGAUCUCUGGGUUUCUCUGCCUUCCAAGGUCCCUAGGGCAGACCUCCCAUUCCUCAAGGGGUGGGGCCACUGACUUCCCACACUGUCACCUCCCAGGUCACUGGGGGCUGUGAUGUGUAGGGUUGCCAUGACAAUGAAGUGGGGGCAGGGCUCCUAGGACAUGGAGCAGGACUAUGGAAGCCACCAAGAAGGUGGGGGGCCCUGAUCCAUCGGGCCCCCAAGGCCACCCCUCGGCCUGCAACCAGCAGCUGAGGGGUGGCCUCAGAGGGUCCCAGGGACCAUGGAUAAACUCAGGAUCCCUAUACUUCAAGCAGGGGUUGUCAUUUUCCUCUGAGGCCACCACUGAUGCAGCUUGUGGCCCAGCCUCCCAGGCCCACAUCCCCGAGCCCACUCACCAGCAACUCCAGGACCCUGCUCAGGUUAGCUCCAGGUGCCGCUAUAUGCAGACCUCUCAGGAUGCUCUGAGACUCUCCUCUACUGGCUCAUAUUCAAGUCCCAUUGUAGCAGCCCAACAGCAUCUUGUCAUGGACGACGGGACCCUGAACCUACCAGCGUGCACACGCGUUAACAACAACAGUGACAUUACCCGGUGCGCAUCCUACCGUUCCCGGCUUCAGAUGCAGGUUGGGAAGGAGGGCAAGGCUCCAGCUAAAGUCCUGAUAGGCUGGGGCAAAGGCCCUUGCAACACAGAUCAGAUGGCCCCCUUGGGCACCAGGAAGAGUCGAUGGCUACCCUACUUUCUCUCAGCAAAGGAUGGUACAGCUGAAGGCCAAGCUUCUCUUCUGGCUCCAGCACUGGCUCCAGCACAGUCUCCAGCACAGGCUCCAGCACAGUCUCCAGCACAGGCUCCAGCACAGGCUCCAGCACAGGCUCCAGCACAAGCUCCAGCACAGGCUCCAGCACAGGCUCCAGCCCAAGAUCAGGGCCCAGGAAAGGGCUCGUGUUUGGUUCAGGCUCCUGCCCCAGUUAAAACUACUUCUUUGCCGUCACUGACUCCUUCAACUCCAGCUCAGGCUACAAAUCCAGCUCUGGAUGCGACCCCAAAGCCUGCAGCAGCUGAACCUUAUACCUAUACCCUUGAUCACUUGACUGACACCAUUCCAGUCACCAAAGACCUAUCUCAAGACCUCCUCCUCAGGAGAUGUGGCAACCAAUGGUCAAUCCUCUUGGAAUCUUCUAAAACUGCCCCAUCCUUCCAGGAAAAAGUCCAACCUAAAGAGGAGCUUCCUACUGCAGCACCUGCUUCAGAAGUGUUCCCAGACCAUGCCCAGGAGCACAAGAUUACUGGAAGGCAGGUGCCACCUGAGCAACCUGAAAACCCAGUGGAGAAGCCCAUAGUCUAUCCCUCCAAGCCAGGCAGCCCAAAUCCAUGUUCAGAGCCUCCAUCUACUCCCAAGUUCCAGAAGAGAAACCAGGAUGUAAGCAGCUCUCAACCUGACAAGCAGCCUCCCAAUGUCUGCAACAACUACUCCAGUGUGCCACAGUCUUCAUACCAAGUAACCUGCCACAAGCAGUCCACACCCCAGCUUCCCAAGGAAGCCAUGCAAAUUCCUACAACCAGUACCCCAGCCUGUAAGCUCCAGGAAGCUGUGGAAGACCAAGUGCUGGUGUUUGAUAUGGCCACGGGCAACACCAGGGUAGGGCUGCUGUGCCAUGACCCUAUGGGCUCACGAGCAGUGUUGGUGGGCCUUGUGCCCAGCCACCCAUCUCUCUAUUCUCCUGAAAAUACCCGGUCAUUGGUCAGGCCCAACGUGUCCCCUGCCAGCAAUCACUCCAGCUUCUGGUCCACCACACCCAUGCUGUCCAGCCCUGUACCCUCCAGCCUCUCAUCUGCCAGCUACCGAGAGGUGGCCCUGGUUCCCAAGGAGGCCAGGCACAACCUGGAGUCACGGGACUCCCCUGAAACACCCAUGAGGGUUGGGAUAUUCACUGGGCCUGUUCCACUGGAGACACCCCUCCAAUUUGGUGAGAGGAUUCGGCCCCAUGUACCUGAUCCUGGCUGGUCUAAACCUGAUGCUGAAAAAAAUGAACCUAGUCAUACCAUCUGGAUGCUAGAGUCCUCCAGGAUGCCAGACACCUCUGUGAUCCAGCCCAAGAAACUGCAGUGGAUGAACUCAGAGCCUGCUUCAUCUGUCAAUAUGCAGGUGAUGCCCAAAUCUCUAUUCCAAGAGGAGGUAGGCAGACGUAAUGAGAAAGAAGUCAUUACUGCUCACCCUGAUCCUCAGACCAAAGAUGCUGGGCAGGUCCCCCUCACUGGUCAGAGUUUCCUCAGUGGGCAGAACCUCCUUGCUAGGCAGCUACCCAUAGCUGAACAGGGUUCUCCACCUGGUCAGCCUCCCUGUACUAAGCAACUCCCUGAAACUGGUCAGCUUCCUUUCACUGGGCAGACCCCUCUUACCAAUCAGCUUUCUCUCCCUGGGCAAGUACCCUUCACCAGGAUGCCCCCCCCUACCACCACCAAAGAUCCCACCCUGCCAAGAGGGCCCCUCACCUCUGGAGAGCCUUGCCAGGUUUCCACCCAGGAAAAUGAACCCUUGGAUCUGCCUGCCCGUGUAGAGGUACUUCGAGUGCCCUUGGCUCCAGAAGAGACCUGUAGCUAUAGGAAUAGAGAGAUGGUUGGUAUUGGUAGUGCUCAAAGCCCUAGUAUGCAUCAGCUCUCAUCCUGGCAACCUGGUAGCUCCCCCAGGGCCCAGGAAGAACAUCUUUCUCUGAUUGCAUUUAGCACACCUGGCACUGGCUGCAAAGUCUUGCCCAUGGCCAUGGUGGACACUGAAUCUCAGAGUGGGAACCAUUUCAAGCUGACAGCUGAGGACAUUACACAUUCAUCAGUGGUCACGCAUCUUGGCCUGCUCCGUGGGGCCUGUUAUGAGCUGGUGUCUACCAUGGAUGCUCUGUCAGGACGGUCACCAGUUCUCUGUCGUCACUCUUCAAGCCCCUACCAGAACAUGGCAGCUGUAGUGAUUGAUACAGGCACAGGAUUCACCAAAUGUGGUUUGGCUGGUGAGGACCAUGUCCUCAAUGUGGUACCCUCACAAGUUCAGCUGCUGCAACAUCCAGCCCAGGGCCAGCCCCGGUAUGCAGUGCCGGAAAACCAGGAAGGCUCCUAUCCUGUACUGAAUCGGGGUGUGGUGUCUGAUUGGGAUGCACUAGAGGUGCUGUGGCAGCACCUGUUCUAUUGCAGGCUGGGGGUACAGCCUGAGGAGUUGGCUGUGCUUGUGGCUGACUCCCCCAUCUCACCACGUACUAACCGAGAAAAGGUGGCAGAAAUACUCUUUGAACGUUUCCAUGUGCCAGCCAUGCAGACAGUGCAUCAGGCCCUGCUGGCACUCUAUGCUUAUGGGCGUACCACUGGGUUGGUGCUGGGCAGUGGCCAUGGCACCUCCUACGUGGCACCCAUCCUCACUGGGGAUCUGGCGCCACUUGACACCUACCGGCUGGAUGUGGCUGGUGCUGACCUUACUGACUACUUGGCUCAGCUGCUGCUGGCAGGUGGCCGUUCACCACUUAAGGCAGGGUUCGUCAACCAAAUUAAAGAGUCCUGCUGCUAUGUGGCUAUGGACAUGGCGGCUGAGAUGGCCCGCACCCAGACCCAAGCCCAAGUGGACUUUGUACUCCCAGAUAAGCAGAUUGUCACACUGGGCUCUGAGCGCUUCUGUUGCCCCGAGGCUCUCUUCCAGCCCAACCUGCUAGGUGUCAACCAGCCAGGACUUCCACAGCUGGCCCUGCUAAGCAUCAGCCGACUAGAGGCCAAGCAGCAGAAGCAACUGCUGGCCAAUGUGGUGCUGGAUGGUGGCAGCACCCUGGUGAGUGGCUUCCCUGAGCGCUUAAGACAGGAGCUAGGCCCUGGUGCCACUGUGCUGGGCUCUCCCCACCGUGCAGUUGCUGCCUGGCUUGGGGGUUCCAUCAUGGCAUGCCGGGACUCCUUCCAGAGCUUGUGGCUCAGCCGCCGUGAGUACGAGGAGGAAGGCCCAUGGGCUAUCUACAAGUAUCAGCUGUGAACAUAAAGUUCUGGUUCUGCUUGCUUUAA